GCGCGCGGGUUUCCGCGCGAAGGGGCGUGUUCUGGCCAUCUUGGCUGAGCUCGCGCUCCGCACUCAUGUACUCGGCACAGCGCGCCUAAGGCUGCGAGCAACAUCUGAGCCGCCGCCGCUCUCUCCCACGCUGACUAUGUGGCCGCGGGUGAGCGGAGCCCCUCGAACCCGUGAAGAAAUGUUCGCCUGAAGACAUCAUGGAGGACUGACGCGCGAAGGACAUUCUCUGCCCUGAAAUUUGCCGGCUCUUUUCGGCCGAGGCGUAGCUAGCUGGCGGUUAGCACUCGGAGACUCGGGUUCUCAAGCGCCCGGCGGUUGAGCUCCAUUUUUAUACAAGGUAAACCGCUGCAUAUGGGCAGCGUCUUCUUCAUAGCCUGGCGUUUGUGGUCGGUGAAACGUUUUUAUGUAACGCUCUGCAUGGGGCAGAGGGAGCUAGCAACCCCAUGAGGAAACCGCGGAGGAGGGGACGACAGCCUGGGUCUGGCGUGGCUGCGGGGGGCCGGGGGGCUGUGCGGGCAUACCAGCGGGCACCCUCACCGUACAGCCUGAAGAUGUCCCCAACUCGUGAGACGCUGACCUAUGCUCAGGCCCAGAAAAUGGUGGAGGUGGACCUCGAUGGGCGGCUCCACCGCAUCAGCAUCUUCGACCCGCUGACGGUCAUCACUGAGGACGAAUUGAUGGCGCAGGACCUCAGCGAGUGUAACAGCAACAAGGAGAAUAGUGAGCAGCCGCUGCUCCCCAGUGCCGCCAAGGCAGGACGCAGGCCUUCUGCUGCUAAGGGCCGCAGGCGCGAGGGCAAAAACUCAUCCUCCUCCUCCUCCACGCACGGCCCCCCGGCUGGCUCGCUGCCACUGCUGCAUGCCAACUCGUCCCACCAGUCUGGGCCCCUUCCUGAGCCCACCUUCCGUCUGCUGGACUCCUUCUGCCCCAUGGAGGCACCGCCCCUGCCUGCUGCUUACUACCGCUACAUAGAGAAAUCGGCUGAGGAGCUGGAGAUGCAGGCCGAGUAUGACAUGGAUGAGGAGGACAUGGCCUGGUUGGAAAUGGUGAAUGAGCGGCGGGUGUCCGAGGGCCAGGCCUCGGUGUCCCCAGACGCCUUUGAGCUGCUCAUAGACCGACUGGAAAAGGAGUCGUUUCUGGAGUCCCGGAGCCAGGCUCCGGCACAGGGCCCCGUGGACGACGAUGCCUUCUGCUGUGUCUGCCUGGAUGAUGAGUGUCUCAACAGCAAUGUGAUCCUCUUCUGUGACAUCUGCAACCUGGCCGUGCACCAGGAGUGCUAUGGCGUGCCCUACAUUCCCGAGGGCCCCUGGCUGUGCCGUUGCUGCCUGCAGUCACCAGCGCGGCCCGUGGACUGUGUGCUGUGCCCAAAUCGUGGAGGCGCCUUCAAGCAGACGAGCGACGGGCGCUGGGCACACGUGGUGUGCGCCAUCUGGAUCCCAGAAGUGUGCUUUGCCAACACGGUAUUUCUGGAGCCCAUCGAGGGGGUGGAGAACAUCCCGGCAGCACGCUGGAAACUCACCUGCUACCUGUGCAAGCAGAAGGGCCGCGGUGCCUCCAUUCAGUGCCAUAAGGCCAACUGCUACACGGCCUUUCACGUCACUUGUGCCCAGCGUGCCGGCCUCUUCAUGAAGAUCGACCCGGUGCGGGAGACCAAUGUCAAUGGCACCACGUUCUCCGUGAAGAAGACGGCCUUCUGUGAGGCACACUCCCCGACAAUGGUGUCCGACGAGGAGGAGCCCGGAGGCAGGCAGGUUGGGGGGCGGAGCCACAGGGGCUGCAAGUCGUACACGCCUACCCCUGCCACACCUCAGCACCGUAGAGGUGGCAAAAAGGCACCUAGAAUGCUGAAGAAGAAGGUGAAGAAGGGUCUGGAGGUGGUGUCUCGGCGUGCAGCUGUGCCACUUGUCACAGUACCACAGAUACCUGCCCACAGGCUGAACAAAAUUUGCAAAGGAAUCCUUAUUCAGCGCAAGAACCAGUUCAUGCAGAGGCUUCACAACUACUGGCUCCUGAAGCGGCAAUCGCGCAAUGGUGUGCCUCUCAUUCGGCGACUCCACUCGCACAUGCAGGCCCAGAGGAAUGCCGAGCAGACGGAGCCGGAUGAAAAGAUCAGUGCCGUGAGGGCAGAGCUGAAAUAUUGGCAGAAGCUGCGACAUGAUCUGGAGCGAGCCCGAUUGCUGGUAGAACUUAUUCGGAAAAGGGAGAAGCUGAAGAGGGAGCAGGUGAAGGUCCAUCAGGCAGCCAUGGAGCUACAGCUCACCCCCACCCUGGUGCUCCUUCGCUCCACGCUGGACCAACUGCAGGAGAAGGACCCAGCUCAGAUUUUCGCCCAUCCCGUCAACCUCAAGGAGGUGCCGGACUACCUAGAGUUUAUCUCUCAGCCCAUGGACUUCUCCACCAUUCGCACGAAGCUGGAGGCUCAUGCCUAUCGAACUCUCUCUGACCUGGAGGCCGAUUUCAACCUGAUGGUGGCCAACUGCUUGCGCUACAAUGCCCGGGACACGGUGUUUCACCGUGCUGCUGUGCGCCUGCGGGAGCUGGGGGGCGCUGUCCUACGCCAUGCCCAUAGGCAAGCGCGCAGCACGGGCCUGGACCCUGAUACUGGCAUGCACCUGCCUGAGCCACCGCACACACGUGACUACUACCGCUGCUCCUGGGAGGACGUGGACACCCUCCUGGAUCCUGAGAACCGAUUGCACCUCUCCCCAGAGGACCAGCUGAAGGAGCUACUGGACAAGUUGGACAUGGUGAUGUCCAUGAGCCCCAGCGGGGCGCGCACUCGACGCAUACGCCUGCUGCGGAGGGAGAUCAACAACGUGCGCUACCGGCAUGAUCAGCAGCGCCAGCUACUACUGUACAAUGGCACUGCCAAGGAAGAACAGGAGCGGGCAGAGGAAGAGGAUGAGGAGGAGGAAGCUGACCGAGGGGGUGACGCCGACCGCUCACACGUGCCGUCCUCGUCUUCCACUCCAGACAAAGAGGACUUAAAGGCAACGCCUCCCCCCACACUGGAACCCACAGGCCCAGCCCUGUCUCCUCCACACGGAGAGGCCCCCCAGGACCCGCCCACCCUGCGACCGGUGACUACAGACCCAAGGACUCAUGGCCGUGCACACAAGCGUCUGAAGUCAGCCAGUGACGCCUCAGAUGGGGCUCUGGGGGAGGAAGCAGUGUGUCUGCCUAACAAAGGAGGGAUCGCCAACGGCCGCACCUCCCACGAACCUCCCCCAGCCCUGCCUGCUGUCGGCGUGGGCCGCCGCACCGCCAUCCUUUUCAAGAAAGCUAAAAAUGGAGCCAAAGCACUGAGGGACAGAGACGGGCCAGUGCAGAAUGGGGAGGGUGGCUUCAGCGCCCCUGCUGUUUUGCAGGACCCUCCCAUGCUCACGCCUGCAGGUGCACGGCCCCAGACGCCACCCCCUUGCUCACUGGCCACACUGAGAUGCCGCAGUGCCAGUUCGGAGAGUGAUGGGGAGAAGUCGCCUGCCCCAGCCCGGAAGGAAGGUCUGAUGAACGGUUUCACCAAGCACAGGGACAGUGGCUCAGACUUGGACCGUAAUGCCACCUCUGACCUCCAAAAGGAGAUUGCUACACCCCCCAAACGCAGCCGUGGAAAACCAGCGCUGUCCAAGAUCCCGUUCCUUGAUGGCAUGAACGGGGAUUCAGAUUACACUGGUAAAGGCAGGGGUAUCUUGAUGCCCUUUGAGAACGGGAUGGAGCCGGAGCCUCUGGACUUGGUGUGGGCCAAAUGUCGUGGGUACCCCUCCUACCCUGCACUGAUCAUUGACCCCGACAUGCCCCAGGAGGGGCUGCUCCACAAUGGUGUGCCCAUCCCGGUGCCCCCCAUGGAUGUGCUGAAGCUGGGGGAGCAGCGGCAGGAGGAGGUGGGCGAGAAGCUCUACCUCGUGCUAUUCUUUGACAACAAAAGGACUUGGCAGUGGCUCCCUCGCGACAAGGUGGUCCCGCUGGGUGUGGACGACACAGCGGACAAGCUGCGCAUGAUGGAGGGCAGGAAGACCAGCAUACGCAAGUCUGUCCAAGUGGCGUACGACCGCGCCAUGAUCCACCUGAGCCGCGUGCGGGGAGACCACCCCUUCGUCACCUCCAACUACUUGUAGAGUGUGCUGAUGGAGGCCACCCUCUAAAACACAGACACACACACACACACACACUUCUCCUGUGGGGAGGUGGUGCGGGGAGGGCCAAGCCUCGCUGUGGCAGCACAAAACUGUGGGUUUGGGUGCCUCUCAGCCACACCUUUGAACAGAUGAGCUGCUCAGGCCAGCAGUGGAACGCUGCAAUGGAGUGAUGGACCAGUAGGCCCUGUGGCUGCACAGGGGCUGAAGAGGGGAAGUGCAGGGUGUGGGAACAGGAAAGGGCAUCACAUCUGUGGAACUGUAUCUCUGAUCCACAUGGAAGCUCCCAAAAUGCUCGCAGGAGCUCAAUGGAAGGCUGCUGUCGUUGCAGUAUGGCUCAGAGGAACUUCUCCUGUUUUUCUUUUUUCAAAGAAAGGAAUGACGGGGAGGAGGAGUUAGGGGGGUGGGGAGGGGGAUCACUUUUUCAUAUUUAUAUACAAGUAUGAAUGGGUCACUGCCAUUUUCUUACGAUACCUUUUUACUUUUUAAUAUUUUACAAAACCACUUGUACAUUCAAGAAACACCCCAUGUAUAUAUGUAUGUUUAUAUCAUACAGUAUCCUUUGUUUUUGUUCACCUGCGGGCAUGAAGAAAUAUGGAGAGAUGUGUACAUACCUGUAAAAUACUAUCACCUAAUUACCAACUGGCUUCAACGUGUACUCUGCUUAUGUGAUGUCAGUGGUUUCGUAUAUAUAAACAAGCAUAUAUCGUUUCUGUAUAUGCUUGUUAUAUAUUAAAAGAAUCACUUGUUUUGAUAUAUAAAUAUUUAUUUAUGGAAAGUUAAAUGAAAUUAUAUAUUAGUUGACAACUGAAAGUAAAUGUUAUUUAAUAUAAGCUAUUGAAAAGGAUUUAAGAUUGCAGAUCCGCAGUGGGCUUUGUGGCUGUAUGACUGUGCUGUGGUUACGCUGAGGUUUCUAAGAGGUGUCUGCUGUGGAAGUCGACCUGUGUUGUUCUCACUGGCUCUAAGUCUGGAUCCCUAGUCCACUGUUAAGCACAGAACCUUGUAUUUAUUGUAGAAAGAGUUUACUAGAGUUCUAGACCCUGUUUAUAAGAUGGUGCUGAAGAGAAAUUUUAAGCUUGUAUAAACUGCAGAUUUUACCUACUUGCCUAUAACUAGUCAAUCAAUAUUUUCUCAUGUCGGGAAAUAAAUGUUCUAAUCGAAAUUCAGUUGUUGGCUUUACUCUUCAACCAGUUAGACCAAAAAGUCGAUUGCUCAAGGUUAACUGCCGUCUAAAAAUAACGAUGACUGAAAUGGAUCCGGUUUGAUUAUUCAACGUGACCGCUGUACAUCUCUUUAAAGUUACUGGUAUUACAAACAUUUCCCAGUGGUGUCAAGCUCUCCCGUGAGCCAUCUUUGCAGUUUUUACCCCGAACCAAUUUUACUGACGCUAUUCUGUUAGCGGCCCUUUUGAUGUACAACACAGGUUUCCCUUGUGAUCCUUUUACAAGAAUGCCAACUUACAAGCAAAUGCAAUUUGUACUGCAACACAUACAAAAAAUAACAGAAUACACUUCACAUAGCAGUGUUCAGUAGAAUGAGAACCUGCUAUAAUUAAUAAUACAAUGCUAAUUCAAUCCCCUCAA